AUGCAACGAGCUGCUGCGCCCAAGGCCGCUGGGCAGGGCCGUCGGCCUCCCAUGGCCAAUGAAAUGAUGAAGCAAGAGACCAAUCAAACUUUCCAUCAGUGGGCCAACAUCUCCCCUGCAACAACAAUUGAAGUCCUCCAACCGAUCACCGAAGGACCAGAAAAGGGAACCAACGCCGUCACCAACGCACUUACACUUCAAGAGUUCGAGGGCUUGCUCUCCCAGUACUUCGGCAAGCAACACAAAAUCAAAGAUGCCGACAAGAUCUUCCCAAGGCAAUCUCGAAUUGACCACAUCAUAGCUGAAAAACAAAACGAGGGCACGACCAACAAACCAGCAAGCUAUGACAACAGCCCGACCAACGCCGGGUGGAAAUUUUACGUCAAGAAACACUUCCAAUGCCCAAACCAAAACCUUCGAAUGGAUAGCGGACUCAUUCAAAUAGCGAAUCAUCUCUAUACACCGAUGCCGGACCCGGAGCAGAGAUUCGUGGAGGACAUGUGGAAUCAAUACACCCCUUCCGCGGAGCAUCGACAAGCACCCAUUACUUCAGUGGAGAAAUCAUAUAUCCACUACAUUCAGGCACACAUCCAUAUCUCAACGGACAAAAACGGGAACGAUAUCUACAGCCACCGUGGACGAGACGAGACCUUCGAUUUCCUGAAAUUCGGCAUCUCAUCCAGUUUCCCCAAGGCUCUCAUCUCCGAGCUCAACGCGAACUGCCCUGCCUGCAAAAAGAAAUUCAGUAACCAUCGCAAAGUUGGCUUAAAGCGAGAAAGAGAGCGAAAUUCCCAUGUAAUUAGACGAGUAGCCAGAAAACAACGAUUUGAGAAGUUCAGGGGAGGACAACAAACUCAACCAGGCGUUAAGAUCGACGAGAACAACACUCCUCCGCAACAAGCUCCAGCACCAGCCAGCAUUCCAGCUCCCUUCCCACCGCAAAACAUGGACUUUUGGCUGAACGACGUCGACCAACUACCAAAUAAUGCUAUUUUCGAUCCCAACCUACAGAUGAACGCUCCGGUUGUCGACUACCAUCAAAUCGAUGAUCCAUUCAACGACAACAACUGGCAAAUGGACGACCCUUUCUUAAGCGGCACCUACGUACCAAAUGAAUACGAUGAGGCGUUUGCCCCUCAGCAGAACAACUUCCAAGCCGGCCAGGAGGACGUCGACUAUCUUGAGAUUAAUGCAUCUGGACCGCUGCUAGAUCAACAACCGUACGGCAGCGUUAUGGACGGCGGGGCGCUUCAGGGACAGGGCUUCAACCCACAACAAAAUAACGACGGGGAUGUCAUGAACGCCCUGGUCAGCAACAACCAACAACACGACUUCCCGGUUGGCUACCACCCACAACAAAACAAUGUCCAGGGUGUCAACGACCAACAAAAUAACAACUUUUUGGAUAACUCCAUGAACAUGCAGCCCAACUCUCAACCCCACCUCGGUGCCAGGUGGGCAUGGAUUGGUAUUCCCGGCUUCGAAUGGAUCUUAUUGUUCCCCUUAGAAUGUGUGUACUUUGCAACCAUGUGGGACGAGCCCAUUUGCAAGGACCUCUCGAGCAAAAUCACGUUCGGUAUUGAGGAGGAACGGAUACCCGCGGAAGUACGCAACAUUGUUACUGAACCUGGAAUUCCUCAUGUCGGAGGCCCCGAUGAAGCCAAUGCAUAUCCGGGACUCAACCCCUUUGAAGAACAACUCCCUGAACAAUCGAUCCCCAUUGACCCGCAACUCUCAGAACCACCGGAGCAGGACGACCCACUCGGACAAGGAUCUUUCAACAUUGACGACCUCUUCGAUGAACCAGACAAGGAGCCAAUACCGGGCCCCUGGGCGUGGAACGGCGGACAUAAGCCACAAGGCGCCGGAUUUGGAGUCUUGACCUUGCCUACCAACCCUCAAGGUGCCAAUUCCGGAUAG